GCAGGACGCACCCUGAACCGAGCGGAGGGUGGCGGGGCCGGGUGAGGGAAGAACGUGAUAUGAACCCUCCCUGCCCUUCUAAACACUGACUGGUGUUGGCCCACCUGGUGAAAUCGAACCUGUGGGUGUUCCUGGUGGCGUCUGGAGUUUGCUGGAUACUUUAAAAUAAGUUUUAAAAGCCCAGGAGAGGUUAAAAGUGUGACCUGUCAGCACCUGCCAAACCAGGUUAACCUGGGCUGGCAGUCAGGUGGGUCUGAUGUGCUGGCACUGUGUCCACCACACCCACAGCAGCCGGAUUAAGGAAAUUCUUUGAAAUUGUUACUUUAUCUUUGGAUGAAACUAUGCAUUGUUAAAAACGCUUUUUAUUUCUAUUUUUCAAAUGAAUAAUUAAUGCCUGGAGCAGGCAAGCUUUUAUCUUCAUCAGCAUGUGCUCUUUGUAAGAUAUUUGGUGGUGAUUACAUUUUUCUUUUCUCACUUUCUUAACAGCUGUUUAAUGCUUUUCUAGUGUGGCUGUUUCAGGUUUUUCUAGUGUUUGAAGGAGUCAGUUUUUCACUGAUGAACUACUGGGGAUCCCAGGCUGUUUAUAGGAGAUGGAGAAAUCAUUUGGGGUAAACACACCAGGAAAGGCAGCAUCACUGUCCUAAGUUCACAUCAGCUCAAGAAGCGUUUCCUGAAAACUGGACCUAGAAAGCUGGAAAAUCAACUCUGAGACGGUUAUUCUGAGGUUAUUCCAAAAAUACCCCUCAACAUGCCUGAAAAUCCUGCAGCAGAUAAGCAGCAGGUGCUGCAGAUCCUGGAUCGUCUGCAAGCAAAACUGCAUGAGAAAAGGGAUUCCCAGCACCAGGAAAACCUGGCUGUUUUACGGAACACCCUCAGGAGCCCCUUGUUUAACCAGAUACUGACUCUCCAGCAAUCCAUCAAGCAACUGAAGGAACAACUCAAUUACAUGCCUCCUGACCGCUCAGUAGAUUUUGAUUUUACUAAGAGAGGGCUGCUCGUGUUUGCUGACAAAUCAGUCACUGCUGGGACACCUUGCAGUUCACCUGGACCCAAAGCACCUCCCUUCACUCCAAACCUGGGAGUUAAUGAAUUUAACAUGAUCAUCCAACAAAUGGCAAAGGGAAGACAAAUAGAAUCAAUAAAGAUCGAUAAACCUUCUGUUGGAGGUCUCGGAUUUAGUGUGGUUGCCCUUAAAAAUCCCAGCUCGGGAGAAGUUGGUAUCUUUGUCAAGGAAGUCCAGCCAGGAAGCAUAGCUGACAGGGAUCAAAGACUGAAGGAAAAUGACCACAUACUGGCCAUUAAUUGCACCCCAUUGGAUCAGAACAUUUCCCAUCAGCACGCCAUUGCCCUCCUCCAGCAAUCCACGGGGUCCCUGCAUCUGGUCGUGGCCAGGGAGCCAGUUCAAGGGAACAGCAGAACUUCAGCUGUCUUAUUAAGUGAUGUAAAUCCACCUGAGACUAUUCACUGGGGCCACAUUGAAGACGUUGAGCUGAUUAACGAUGGUUCGGGAUUAGGCUUUGGAAUUGUAGGAGGAAAGUCAAGUGGAGUAGUUGUAAGAACGAUUGUUCCUGGGGGAUUAGCAGAUCGGGAUGGGAGGCUCCGAACAGGAGAUCACAUCCUACAGAUUGGAGGGACCAAUGUGCAAGGAAUGACCAGUGAGCAAGUUGCCCAAGUGCUGAGAAACUGUGGGAAUUCUGUUAGGAUGAUCGUUGCAAGGGACCCCAAGUGUGAAGUCAUGGAGGCUCCACCAGCUCCUGUGAGCUGGCCAGUCAGCACAUUACCUUCCCUUCAAAAUGGAAAUGAUAAUAUCAACCUUUUUGAUACCUAUGAUGUUGAACUUGUAAAAAAGAAUGGGCAAAGCCUGGGAAUAACAAUUGUUGGAUAUGCUGGCACGUGUGAUGUAGAACCUUCAGGGAUUUUUGUGAAAAAUAUAAUACCUGGUAGUGCUGCUGACCACAAUGGCCAAAUUCAUGUCCAUGACAAAAUUGUUGCUGUUGAUGGAAUUAAUAUCCAGGAUUAUACCAACCAAGAAGUGGUAGAGGUAUUGAGGAACACAGGACAGACUGUACGUCUUACUUUACUUAGAAGGAAACCUUCCUCUACUAUUUCUUCAGAAAGACCCUCAGAUAGAGUGCAGCCAACUGUUCCAAUGUUUGUGUCCCCUGGAGCUGUAGGGACUGAAAUUAGUGUGGACACUAAGAAUGAGGGAAAACAAGAACAGAAGGAUAAUCUUCAAAGUGAAAAGCAGCAGACUCUACAUAAAGCAGGAAGAGUCCCACUCCCUCCAGCACAUGAACUAAAAUCCAAGUGGGAAAACCUGCUGGGACCAGAAUACGAAGUUAUGGUUGUGAAUGUGGAUAUGCCCAUUACAGAUGAUUCAGAGCUCCAGAAGUACUCAAAGCUAUUACCCAUCCACACUUUGAGAUUAGGUGUUGAGCUUGACACGUUUGAUGGACAUCAUUAUAUAUCAUCAAUUGCUUCAGAUGGUUCAGCUGCAACACUCGGUCUUCUGCAACUGGAGGAUGAACUUCUGGAGGUAAACGGAGUCCAACUGUAUGGAAAAUCCCGGCGGGAGGCAGUCACUUUCCUCAAGGAAGUGCCACCCCCAUUUACACUGGUUUGCUGUCGGCGACUCUUUGAUGAUGGCACUGAGUCACUUGUGGAUGAGCCCACCGUGGGAGUUUCCCUUCCAGAACAAAAGGUGAAACCUGAGGAAGACUCUAACCCUGAGGAGGAAGAAGGAGAAUUAGCAUUAUGGUCUCCUGAUGUGAAGGUUAUUGAACUGGAGAAAGACAAAAAUGGUUUAGGAUUCAGCAUUUUAGACUAUCAGGAUCCCUUGGAUCCAACAAGAACAGCCAUUGUGAUCAGCUCCUUGGUGGCAGGUGGAGUAGCUGAGCGUGGUGGGGAGCUGUUACCGGGGGACCGCUUGGUCUUCGUCAAUGAGAAAUAUUUGGACAGCGCCACUUUGGCAGAGGCAGUGGAAGUGUUGAAAUCUGUGCCCCCAGGUACAGUUUCUCUUGGAAUCUGCAAGCCUUUGGUGGGAGAAAGCAGAGAGGAGGAGAACAUGCACAGUGUGGAUACCAGCAGCAUUAGAACCAGCCCUGGGUCUCCAGAACCAAUAGAUAACACUAAUUUCUCAAUAAUACUUGAAGCGCCACAGGGUUUCAGAGAUGAAACACCUUUUAAAGAAGAACUUGUUGAUGAACCACAUUUGGACUUGGGAAGGUCAUUUCAGCUUUCUCAAAAUGACGAUGAGGAUGAGAGGGAGUCCUGGGAGAUGUGUGAAUUCCUGAAACCCAGAACAGAAGACAUGGAUGAAGAACGGGAAAUGCUGGUGGAUGAGGAGUAUGAAGACGACUUCCUGAAAUACAAAGCAUCCUGUGGGCAGAAGGCAACUCCAGACAGGAACCUCGAUACAGAACGAUGGGCAAAGCAACUAGAGAGUACUGAAAUACAAGACUUGAGAUCCAGUGUUAAUUUAAGUCCAGAACAGUCCCUGGAAUAUCCAUUCAGUAAAGAUCAAAUGUGUGAAGAAAAUGCUACUAUAAGGUCACUCUUUCCUGAAACCACAGCACACAGUGGUUACCAGAAAGACAUCUUUGAUAUUGAAACUAGUCAGUCGGAAGAAAAAAGCAAGAUGGAUUUAGGGACAAAGCUGCAGAUUGACUCUAAAGGAUCUGGGCUUGCUAUUGAUUUGGAAGCUAUUGAAAAGGAAGAGCUAAAAGGAGAGAAUGAUGUUUUCUCUAAGAACCUGGAAUCUGGGAGAGUAACCACCUUAGCUCAACCUAGAACAGUGUCAUGCAGUGAAUUACCCGAGAGAGAAGAAGGAGAAGGAGAAGAAACUCCAAACUUCAGCCACUGGGGACCACCACGGACUGUUGAGAUCUUCAGAGACCCUCACGUGUCUCUUGGAAUCAGUAUUGUUGGUGGACAAACUGUCAUAAAGCGCCUGAAGAAUGGAGAGGAACUUAAAGGGAUCUUUAUCAAACAAGUUUUGGAAGACAGCCCAGCAGGAAGAACCAGGGCUUUAAAAACUGGAGAUAAAAUACUUGAGGUUUCUGGGAUAGAUCUCCAAAAUGCCACCCACGAGGAAGCAGUAGAAGCCAUCAAGAACGCGGGAAAUCCUGUUGUGUUUGUAGUUCAGGGUCUGGCUAACGUACCAAAAGUGGUUGCUCCCUCCCAGCCUAAGGGAAUCAAAGUCAGCAAAGAUCAGGAUGCAGGCAAAGAAAAUAAGAAUGAUAAGAGAAAAUAUGGGGCUCCACCUCCUAUGAAACUGCCACCUCCUUACAGAGCCCUUGAAAGGCUGCACGCAGAGGAAGCUGCCGUGGAUGAAGAGGAGGAUGAGGAUGCUUGUGCAGAGAAAAAAAUCAGGCAAAGAUAUGCAGAUCUCCCAGGAGAGUUGCACAUUAUUGAGCUUGAGAAAGACAAAAAUGGGCUGGGACUCAGCCUCGCUGGCAACAAGGACCGCUCCCGGAUGAGCAUCUUUGUAGUUGGGAUCAAUCCAGAUGGACCCGCGGGACGAGACGGAAGGAUGCACAUUGGUGAUGAGCUCCUAGAAAUAAACAAUCAGAUACUGUAUGGAAGAAGUCACCAGAAUGCUUCUGCAAUCAUUAAAACUGCCCCAUCAAAGGUCAAGCUGGUUUUCAUACGGAGUGAAGAUGCAGUCAAUCAGAUGGCUGUUACUCCCUUCCCAUUACCUUCAGGCUCCCAUUCUUCCAUCGAGGAUCACGGUGGCACCGAACCUGCAAGCGGUGAAGAAGACCCGAGUCUGGAAGUGGUCAUGAAAAGUUUGACUGAUGAGGAAUCCUGCAAAGCUGAUGUGAAACAUAAAGCUGAGAAAACAGUGGUGGCAGAUCAGCAGGAAACAAAGGAGCAGCUCCCAGAAAACGACCUCAACGAGAUCAAACAAUCCAAAUCUUCAACAAAAGUGCCAGUCAGCUUACAGGAGAUACCCCUGGAGCCAGCACCUACUUACCUUUCUCCAGACGCAGAAGUCACCAGCCGUGUCUUUCCACCUCCCCUACCUGUGGAUCCAGCAACAUGUCCCAUAGUUCCAGGGCAGGAGAUGACUAUAGAGAUAUCUAAGGGUCGGUCAGGCCUGGGACUCAGCAUCGUUGGGGGAAAAGACACUCCACUGGAUGCCAUAGUGAUCCAUGAAGUUUAUGAAGAGGGGGCAGCAGCCCGAGAUGGCAGACUUUGGGCUGGUGAUCAGAUUCUGGAGGUGAACGGGAUCGAUCUGCGGAAUGCCAGCCAUGAGGAAGCAAUCACUGCGCUCCGACAGACGCCCCAGAAGGUGCAGCUGGUUGUUUAUAGAAAUGAAGCACAUUACAAAGAUGAAGAAAACUUAGAGAUUUUCUAUGUAGAUAUACAAAAGAAAACAGGCCGAGGGCUGGGGCUCAGCAUAGCUGGGAAACGAAAUGGAAGUGGAGUGUUUAUCUCUGACAUUGUUAAAGGAGGAGCUGCAGACCUAGAUGGAAGAUUAAUUCAAGGAGAUCAGAUUUUGUCUGUAAAUGGGGAGGAUAUGAGAAAUGCCUCACAAGAGACUGUUGCCACUAUACUUAAGUGUGCCCAAGGCCUGGUGCAUCUUGAGCUUGGGAGAUUGCGAGCUGGAUCCUGGCUGUCAUCACGGAAAACAUCCCAAAACAGUCAGGCGAGCCAACAGAGUGUCCACAGCCACUUCCACCCCGCUCUUGCUCCAGUCCUCUCCACCUUACAGAAUUUUGUCAGCACAAAAAGAUCUUCAGCAGACGUGUCUCAGAGAAACUCAGGAGCCGAUAUGGGCCCAAGGACUGUGGAGAUAACAAGGGGCCCAAAUGAUGCACUUGGUAUCAGCAUAGCAGGAGGGAAGGGAAGUCCACUGGGAGAUAUUCCCAUUUUCAUUGCUAUGAUUCAAGCCAGCGGUGUGGCCGCACGGACCCAAAGACUCAGAGUUGGAGAUCGGAUUGUCAGUAUUAAUGGGCAACCUUUGGAUGGGCUGUCUCAUGCAGAUGCUGUUAAUCUACUAAAGAAUGCUUAUGGGAGCAUUAUCCUGCAGGUUGUGGCUGACACCAACAUCAGUGCCAUUGCCACCCAACUGGAGAGCAUGUCUGCGGGGUGCACCCUGAACUCAUCCUCAGAGCAUCCUUCUGAAGACCCCGAGGAGCAGCUGCAGAUGAUGGCAGAUUGAAACGCGGAGACCAGAUCGUGGCAGUGAACGGGGAGGCUCUGGAAGGCGUCACCCAUGAACAGGCCGUGGCCAUUCUGAAGCGCCAGAAAGGAACUGUGACAUUAACGGUGUUGUCAUGAGUGUCACUGCGCUCACGGAGAUAAAUACAGUUAUUUUAGAACAUCAGUAGAGCUAUAAUAACCCUGCUCAGCCCUGAUGUAAAGCAAACCCUGGCAAAAAUGAGUCAGUGUUCCCCCCGUUGCCAGGCAGGGUAGUGUGAAUCUCCAGCUUCAUUUAGCCUUCCACAUUUAUCAGCCUUUCUCCCCGCCCUCCCCGACUUCUGAUGGCUUUUGAAGUUUCUCUGGACAAGUUUAAUUAAGAAACUUCAAAGAACAGUAUCCGUUUUACUUUAUUUAAUGCAUCAGUUUAUCCCCACUAGUCUGAACCCAGGUUGCAACUGCUGAACCUGGAAUCAAUUCACACACAAAAGAGAAUUUAGAUCAUCAACUGAUCUCAUCUGAUGAGCAGAAAUAAAUGCCGAGUGACUUGUCAUCUCACUCAUGAUUUACUUAUGCUAAUUGUUCUUUCAAGUAUGCCAGAAAACAUUAGCAAUGUAAUUAAAUUACCACUGUUCCAAAUGAUGAAAUAUCAAAUUCUCCUCUGGGAAAUUAUUUGUGCUCGGCACAGUAAGUCUGAUAGUCAAAUGUGAACUUCUCAUGUUUAUCUCUUUGGGUAGGUCUGUGGAAGUUAGUCAGAGGUAAUUACUGUGAUGUGUCAAUUUACAGCCUUUAGCAUGAAAAAUAAACGAGGGGAGAGGGAAAUUUAUUUUUUUAGGCUUUUAAAAUGUUUGAGCCUUUUCAGAUAUUUAGGCAGCAUGAACAACAACAGCGUAGCUCAUUCUAUUCUAAUUAUAUUUUUUAAGAAGAAAUGUGCUGAUAUAUGCCAGGCAUGUCGCAUACAAAGGCAGUUGUUGUCGUGCCAAGUCGCAGCAUAAUUGUUCAUCCUGAAACUUUAAUGAAGACAAAAACUUUGCUUUGGGAAUGUGAUCGUGUAAUUCCAGGAAUGGGGUGAGGUGAGCGGUGCCUCCGCACAUUGUCUUUAAGGCUCUGUGAAGUUCAUCCAAACCAGCAAACUGAUUUACAGUUCCAGGGGUCUCCCCAGGAUCAGAUAGAGCAGGAAGAGGUUUUCACAGAUCACAGAGGAUGCUUCGCUCUUGGGGUGCUGGAGUUCAGUUUUGGAUAAUCCCAAGCACCACCGGGCAGAGAUGAGAUGAUCUCCCAAAGCUGGCUGCGGCACUUUAGGAUGAUGUUCCUCAGCCCCGUCCAGCAAGCUGGACAGCAGAGUCAAAGCCCCCAGCUAUAUUUUGGGUUUAAGCUAAGCCAGGCUGAGUGUGCUGAAGCCCACAAGGAGCCUUCCCAAGGCUGGUCCCGCUCUGGACCAGUCUCACCAUGGAGGUGGGAUGCAGGAACGCUCAUCCAGAAAUUAGCAACUUCAUUCUGUGUCACAGCUAUUCCUGCAGUGAUUAUAUGACCGUGGCCUUAGUGAUUUAGCAAAUGAAUUUGGCAGGCACAUUCAUGGCAGUGCAAGGCAUUGUGGGUUAAUCUCUCCAUCCAGAGGAGCAUGAGGGUUUUAAAGGAAGCAGCCCAGUCUGAUUUGGACUAUUUGGUAUAAUUUAUAAUGAUGAUGUAGCUGAGAGAAAUGAAAGGGGAGGCGGGGUAGGAAUUGGCUGCUUAUUUUGUGUGAAAAAUUCCAGGAAUUAAAUGGAUAAAAGAAUCAAAAUCUGCACUAUAAUAACUGAGUGAUGCAGGGGUGUGUUAAAGGUACAGUUGCUCUGUGUGUUUUAGUGGGUUUUUCCCAACUUUACAUACGAGGACAGAUCCUGAAGCAAGGUGAACUACACUGAGACAGGGAUGCUGCAGUUAGCUCUCAUGGAAAAGGAUUUUCCUUAUUUCAUUGGAAAGUUUUCCAUAACUUUAGGUAAUCACAAAGUGCAUUUAGCCUGCUGGAACCAUUGGUGGGUAUUCCCUUAAUAGUGCCUGGAAGAGACUUCUUGUUUUCUAUGGAUUCCCACUAUUUGAUUUACCAAGUAAAGUGUUAGUGGAAUCUUGAUUGUAGACGCACAGAAAUACCUUCAGAUGUAGCGAAUUGGGGGAAUUUUUAACAAACUGCCUUUGGUUGCAGAAGUAUCCAGGGUAUGCGGGAGUUAAAGGUGAGGUGUGAAGAGAGAUCCUCAGAAAGCAUAUGGAAUUUAUCAACCAAAGGGAAUGAUUCCUCUGUCCUGUGUUUUUAUAGCUGUUGUAUUCCAAAUUUAGGAUGUUGCCACAUUUAAUCAAUGAAGUUUUAGAUGGCUAUUUAUUAGCCCGUGAUGCACAUACAGUUCAUAUACAUAAGUAAUAGAAUUUAUGGGCUGAGAUAUUUUGCACUUCUCGUUGCUCAGAAGGAGAGAGAACAUUUUCUGCUUCUUGUAAUUUGCACUUUGUGUGUUGAAUAUAUUACUGCCAAAAAUUAUCUUGCAACUAAUUGAUAAACCAGUGACCAUGCAGAGAAGCGUGUGCUCCAUGUACAGGACCAAGUCAGAUAAUUAAAUUUGCAUUACGCUUGUCUGGGGUGAGGUGUUCUGGUUUGUUUAAAACUUUAUUUCUGUGCAAGGGAAAACAGCAAUUAAACCUCCUGAUUGUAUGUUUACGUAUUAUCAGUAAAAUGAGACAUUUUAUGACUUUAAAGAUUCUAAAUAAAGCUCGGUUACAUAAGUA